AAAAUAUCCUAAUGAAGUAGUUAGAAGAAAAAGAAUUAAGACAAAAGAACCAAAAAUUAUUGUAUUAAUGAGAGCUAUUGGUGUAGGAAAAUCAACAUUUGGAGAAAAAUUUAAGAGUUAUUUAGAAGAAAAAGGAUAUAAAGUUUAUCAACCAGUUAAAGUAUCUUUACUUCUCGAUGAUGAAUUAAAACUCUUUUGCAAAGAUCCAAAAAAUAAUGCUUUAUUUUUUCAAUAUACAAUUUUAAAUUUUUACAAAAAACAAGCUACAGAAAUUAAUAUGAUUGAUUCAUAUAAUUUUGUAAUACUUGAUCGAACACAUAUUGAUACUGAAGUUUUUACAUUAAUGAAUACUAAAGACGAAGAAGUUAUUGAUUUUUUAGACGAAAAUAUGAUUAAAAGACAAUGA